CCCUGUUUCCCCGGAGAAAUUACAACGACGGAAGUGCUCCGAUUUGCGGUCACCUCGCGGGCGGUUCCGGUUCUUCUCAUAAAUUUUUCUCCAUUAUAAUAUUCCUUCUUCCAAAAAAGCUAGGGAGGGGAGCAGCUUGGCGGAAGAAAAAAAACGAGGGCUUCCUUCUUCUCCUUCUAUUCCCCUGUUUACCUUCACUUCCUCCCGUUUUCCCGUGACCGGUCGCGGAUUUUUCAGGCUCUAGCUUUCGAAUCUUUCUUACCGUUCUCGUGAUUGUGGGUUCCACCGAUGGCGGCGGCGGCGGCGGAAGUGGCGGCAGAGGGUUGGCAGCGGCCGAAGACUAAGAUCGUAUGCACUCUGGGGCCGGCUUCGAGGUCGGUGCCGAUGUUGGAGAGGCUUCUGAGGGCGGGCAUGAACGUUGCGAGGUUCAACUUCUCGCAUGGAUCCCACGAGUACCACCAGGAGACGCUGGGUAACCUCAGGGUGGCCAUGGAGAACACUGGGAUCCUCUGUGCUGUCAUGCUCGAUACCAAGGGCCCAGAAAUUCGAACUGGUUUUCUGAAAGAUGGCAAGCCCAUCCAUCUCGCAAAGGGACAAGAGAUCACCAUCACAACUGAUUAUAGCGUAAAGGGUGAUGAGAACAUGAUAUCUAUGAGCUACAAAAAGUUAGCUGAGGACUUGAAGCCAGGAAGCGUCAUACUAUGCGCUGAUGGGACGAUCACCCUCACCGUUCUUUCGUGUGAUAAGGAGUUAGGUUUGAUCCGCUGCCGGUGUGAGAACUCUGCUGCUCUCAGUGAGAGGAAGAAUGUAAAUCUUCCAGGGGUCAUUGUCGACCUUCCUACACUCACAGAGAAAGAUAAGGAGGAUAUCUUAAUGUGGGGUGUUCCAAAUAAGAUUGACAUCAUAGCUCUAUCUUUUGCACGCAAAGGCUCUGAUCUUGUGGAAGUUAGAAAGCUACUUGGAGAACAUGCAAAGACCAUUAUGCUGAUGUCCAAGGUUGAGAAUCAGGAAGGGGUGGCUAACUUUGAUGACAUACUGGCAAAUUCGGAUGCUUUUAUGGUGGCCCGAGGUGAUUUAGGGAUGGAAAUUCCGAUCGAGAAGAUCUUCUAUGCGCAGAAGGUGAUGAUCUUCAAGUGCAACAUGCAAGGAAAGCCUGUCGUUACUGCAACCCAGAUGUUGGAAUCCAUGAUCAAGUCCCCUCGCCCAACCCGAGCCGAAGCCACAGAUGUAGCCAAUGCAGUUCUUGAUGGCACCGACUGCGUGAUGCUCAGUGGAGAAACAGCUGCAGGUGCUUACCCAGAGUUGGCAGUUCAGACAAUGGCAAAGAUUUGCUUGGAAGCAGAAUCCUUCCUAGACUAUGAAGCAGUUUUCAAACAAACUCUGGCUGCUGCACCAGUUCCUAUGUGCCCAUUAGAGAGCCUAGCUUCCUCUGCAGUUCAAACAGCCAACUCCGCAAAGGCAGCCCUGAUCUUGGUCCUGACUCGGGGAGGAAGCACGGCGAAAUUGGUGGCGAAGUACCGGCCGCCGAUGCCGAUCUUGUCGGUGGUGGUUCCUGAGAUAAAGACGGAUUCAUUUGAUUGGUUCUGCAGUGAUGAGGCUCCCGCAAGACACAGCCUGAUAUUUAGAGGAUUGAUUCCACUCUUGAGUGCUGGAACAGCCAAAGCCUCUCAUUCAGAAUCCACAGAACAAGCACUUGAAUUUGCCAUGCAGCAUGCGAAGGCCGUAGGACUCUGCAAACCAGGAGACUCCAUCGUUGCACUGCAUCGUGUAGGAACUGCAUCAGUUAUCAAGCUGUUGACCAUCAACUGAUGGAGAAAACUCCACCAAUCACCAGUUUUGCGAGCGGCUUCUUGAUCCUUGGUUUUUGUGUUCUCUCUGCACUACCCAAAUUGAU